GACAGGCGGUGCCUGAGAGCUGGUCACAGAGAGGGAAAAGGACACCGAGGGGGAACUCAGAGGUGCCUCAAGAUGGCCAGGAUCCUGGCGCUUUCCCUGCUCUCCGUACUCCUCAGCCAAGCUUUUUGCCUGCAGUGCAAUACGUGCCAAGGAGAAUAUGACUGCGUUGGAGAAACCGUCACGUGCAAAGACCCCUGGGCCAGCUGCACCACAUCUGUCCGCAAGGCUUCAGUUUCAUUCAUGGACUUCCAAACCGUUAAGAAAGGCUGCGCCCGCCAGCUGUACCCGCACCAAUCCAUCUCCCUGAACUCGCAUAUGAUGUCUCUUUCGUAUCAGUCGCGGUUCUGCUCCGAGGACGGGUGUAACAAUGAGACCUAUUUCGUCUCCCAUCCUCCCCCUGCCAACCACAUGCGUUGUCACACCUGUGGAACCCAGGGCGCAUGGUGCCCCGAAGGUGCCCGCAGUCAGAUCAGCUGCGUCGGAGACCAGGACCAAUGUGUGAACCUUGACGUCACCGGACACAUGGAUUUGCACCUGCAGAGGCAGGCAACAAAUGGCCUAGAGUGCUACAGCUGUGCAGAUGGCGAUGGCAGCCAGUCCGGAUGCUCCAACAAAACCAUCUCGACAGUCCAGUGCACCGGCAUCCACAACAUGUGCCUGGAAGGGACUGGCAAAAGCCGCAAAGGUAAUAAGGAUCUGGGCAUUAUGACCUUCAAGGGCUGUGCAUCCGAAGCCAUGUGCCAAAGUUCUCUCCUGGCCUUAGUGCAGGAGCUCGAUGAGGCCGAAGUCAUGUGUUGCCAAGGCAAUCUCUGCAACACGCGCAUCGUGAACGGGAUAGUGACCGAAUCCAGAGUUGCCGCCGACUCUCCCGACCUCUCUGAGGAUGAAGAGUGCAUUGACUCCGCCACCACCUCCCCAUCUGGCCACACAACAAGCCACGAAGCGGGGAUUGCGCCUGCCCCUCCCGGUGUAGCCCCAUCUCCUGGGAGCCAUGGGAAUAAUGAGACAUCAGCUGUGGUCCACGAUGACAUCCUUGCAGACAACUGGACGGGUCAUGAGAAUGAGACCACUGUAGAUGAGCACGAGUCCCACGAUGACUUGUUUACUGGCUACUCUGAGGUGGAGACUGCCCCUCCUCCAGGUGCUACGGCAUCUGGACACGUCGCAACGGGUGGCUCCUCAGCUGCCACGAACCUGGACAAGAACGACUCGGGAGCUGGCAACACCUCAUCCAGCAAUCAUGGCAGUGUUGUUGUGCUGGUCCCCGUCAUCGUCCCCAAGAGGAACACCACUGCUGCCACCACCACCACCACCUCCUCCUCCUCUGAAGUGACCAACACCAAAGAGGUCUUGGGAACAGCCAACGAUGAUGAAGCAGAGUGUGAGGAGGAAGAGAAAGGCAUCAGCACUGGGGAGCAUUUCAUAGCUUCCGAAGAGCACGGCACUGCAUCGAUUCAGUCCCCAGAAGAUACUGUUGUCCUUGGUGGUGACCAUGCCAGUGCUGCUGUCUUCACUGCAGAGGGACACGGGUCUACUCACUCUCCUGCAACUGGUACUGCAGGAAGCACCAAUGUAGACAACAGCCAUAUUGUCCACUCCCACGGUGCCACUGAGGAACACGCCCCAAGUCCUGGCCAUCCAGGGGCGGGCAGGCAUGGAGCCACGGGUAGUGAGAACUUUGAGGCUGGUGGUAGCACUCCCCCAGCCAACAACAGUCUUCCCGUUCCCUAUGUGAUCUCCAAGGAGAACAACACUUUUGUCACUGGCUCAGGCAAUCCGUCUGUGACCGCUGCCAACGCUCCCGCUGGCACCAGCAGCCAUGAUAGAGAGGUCCCGGUUUCAGGCGGUGGAGUGGGCACUUCCCAUCCCAAGAAGAAGAUCCCUUGCAAGCGGCCAAGUUCUCAGAGGCAACCAGAUUUGAACUUGAUGUCCUCGCCCGAAGCUGAGAAACAGGUCAUGGGAGGCAGCAUCUCUCGGAAUGACGCUGGCCAUCAGGAACGCAACGUACCCGGCAAAACCCACUUUCCAGACAAAACCAACACCUACAGUGGUGCCUUUGGCCUUGCUGCCAACCUGGGGCUCUUUUCUCUCACCCUGUUCUUGGCCACUCUGUUACACUGAGCUGCCUUGUGGGUUUUUAAAUUUUUUUACGAGUCCUGAGUCUCAGUUCUACUUUUGGUCUAGUCUCGCUCCUUUUUCUUUUCUUUUCUUUUUCUUUGUGACUGUUUACGCCCAGGUAGGGUGUCCUGAAUUCUAAGACAUUUUUAGACCCAGAAAUGCAAGGCUUCUAACUCAAGACGCUAAGCCCAAUUACCUGGGAUUUGUACAUGAAUAUGGGUUUGUGCCCUAACCUGGAUAGCCCAGGCAAGCCCGAUUUCAUCAGAUCUCGGAAGCUAAGCAGGGUCGAC